AUGUUAGUCUGCCUAUCGGCAGCCUCAAACGUCACUGGCAUUUUGGUAGACACAAAUGCAGCGUCGUCGCUUGUUCAUCGCUAUGGAGGAAUAAUAUUUUGGGAUUACGCAGCAGCAGCUCCAUAUGUAGAAAUGGACAUGAACCCUUCACCGAAGGAUGGUGUGGAUAAUGCUUACAAAGACGCCUUAUUUUUCUCAGUCCACAAGUUUGUUGGGGGACCUCAAACUCCAGGAAUACUUGUUGCUAAAAAGAAACUUUUUGAAGCUGGCGAAAAUUAUCCAUUCCAGAGUGGAGGUGGAACAGUCAGUUUUGUUCGCCGAAAACACACGUCAUAUGUCAAAGAUGUUGAAAAUAGGGAAGAAGGAGGGACUCCAGCAAUUAUUGGAUCCAUUCGUGCUGGUAUGGUGAUUCAACUGAAGGAAGCUAUUGGUACAAAACUUAUUAGAAAAAGGGAGGAUGAACUAGUUCAAGAUAAUGAGGAAAUUCUUGAACAUAAAGUCCUUCGCCCUGGUUUCACACGAAUCAACCUACCUUUCUUCUAUCCGGAUGAAGAAAUCGACUUUGUUCUUGAUGCAAUUAUAUUUGUGGCAAAAUACGCAUGGACUUUUCUGCCGUUCUACGAGCUAGACCAAUCUACGGGGCAGUGGCGGUACUGUAACGAUAAGAGAAGCGACAUGGGAAAGCACCUCUCAAACAUUUCUUACGAACGUGGUGUCAUGCGAUGGCGAAAACCAGCACAAAAAUCCGCUGGACCGGUCCCAUCGACACUCAAAGAAUGUAUGUCAAUGGCCCUGACGUUGCAGCAGUCGCACGAAACGCUUCUAAGUCAAUCAAACUGCAGUCUAACUAAUGAGAAAAUCGACCGCUACUGGAUGAGGUCAAAGGUGAACUACCUCCGCUGGUUCCUUCUUUCGAGUGAGGCAGCUGCAGACGCGAGAGGACAAGCUCGACCCAUUGCCCAGUACCCCAAUGCAGGCAGCCCGUGGCACCCGGGGUGUAUCGAGCGCUGCUUCUGCCCCGAUCUUGCUAAGCGCAACAACGGCUCCCUUGCACGCCUGUGCGAAUACACUGGCUCCAAGAUGGCGGCCACUGUGGUUGAAGAGAAGCAUCUUUACUCCAACGGCAGGCGCAGGUCUGUCUACAACGUAUCCACGUCUAGUAGUUCCGAGAGAAGUGUAGAAUCGAAUUCGGGCACUGACAUAAUCUGUGUUCACCGAGUUGCCGCAAGUGAAAAAGAAAAUCGCGUUUCCUCAAACCAUAACAAUCGACCAAGGGGCAAGUCGUCACAGAGGGAGCGGCUGGAGAUUUGUGACAAGUACUCCUCAAUCCAAUUAUCCUGUGACAUGACCGAGGAACGCCACCUGCCUUCGAAGUUCCCUUUUGGUGAGGUUACGUGGUGCACUCCGUCCCCUCAACUUUUCAAGCCAACUAUACAGGAUUUGUCAAUCUCGAAUUGGUAA